AUGCCGGUGUGGGUUUUCCGGGGGUCCGUUACCAUCCUAUUGUGUCUCUUGGUGUGCUCCAGCAGGAAGUUUGGCACGGAGCUUCUGCGGCUUCCUUCCUUGAUUGACAGCAGGCCCUUUGGACCUCAGGUGACAGAAGUGUGCGGUGCAAAGAGCCUGGGCUACUUUGGCACCGCUCAGUUCUACGUGGCCCUCAAGCUGCUCGCCGCCGCCCAGGCCGGCCUGCCCGUCCGCCUGCAGAGCACAUCGGCCAAUCUACCUCUGCCCAGAUUUGUGGGGAUCACGACGGAGCCAGAGAUGAGAUACGUCGCCAACACGCCCGGCGGCACGAAGGCCCAGUGCGACAGGAGCCGAUAUUUGGAGCAGAAGGAGCCGCCACCGCCGCUGCCUGGCAGCUCGCCGCCUUGCUCCCCGCUGGCGUACCACACCCACCAGUACACCACGCCAAAGGAAAGACAGAUGGCCGAAUCGCACAUGGAGAAGGGGGACCAGCGGGAGUGUGACGAUGACGACAUCUGGAGGAUCACAGAGGAACAGCGGGAGUAUUACACCAAUCAGUUUAAAAGUCUGCAGCCUGACCUGGGGGCUCUAAUUCUGGGUGCUGUUGCAAAGAACUUCUUCACAAAGUCCAAACUUCCCAUACCGGAACUGUCACACAUUUGGGAGCUGAGCGAUGUGGACCGGGACGGCGCUUUAACCUUCCCAGAGUUCUGCGCCGCCUUCCACUUGAUUGUGGCCCGCAAGAACGGCUAUCUUCUUCCCGAAAGCCUUCCCCUCGGCCUGCAUCCCAAACUCGGACCACCAGAUGAGGACGGCCCCCCUCAACGUGCGCAGCUUCUGAUCGUCUUUGACGAUGGCGGAACAGGAGUUCGUAAGAAGGAUCAGAACAUCAAGUUCCCAACAAGUGUGGCUGGGGCCAAACAAGAUUCCAAAGAAGAAGCCUUCAAAAAACAAGAAUGCACUUUCAGGGGCGUCGAGACAUUAAAAGAAGGAGCCACUCUGCAAUUUGCCACCUUUACCCACAGGCCAGAGCCGUCCUCUCAGGACCUCGACCCGCAAAGCAACACGAAAACCCGACCAAGGUCCUACUCCAGCACUUCCAUUGACGCCGCCAUGAGGAAGGCAGAGGAGCCUCCCGCGCCACCGCCUCGACCCCAGAAGAAAAGCCACUCCAGAGCCUCCUCGUUGGACCUCAACAAGCUUUUCCAGCAGGGGGCGCCAGGGGCGAAGAGUGGAUGGUUGCUCCCUCCUCCAGCGCUGCCUCCCAGACCGUCCGCCUCGCAGGUUCCUCCGACCCAAGUACAGCAGCCCAACUUUGCAGACUUCAGUCGCUUCAGAAAAGAGGAGGAGAGCAGUGUGAAACCGGAAGAACGCUGCCUAUGCUCUCGAUAUAACCAAAGUACUGAAGACUUGUCCAAUGCUUCCCAACAGGAGCUAAAUCACAAUCAAGCUCCGCAGAAGCCGGUCCGAAGGAAGUUCCGACCUGACAGCCAGAAUGUGGAGUGCUUGCCGCCACCGACGGGUUCUUUUCUAAAAUCCACUCAAAAAACGCCAUCCAGGCAGAAGAAGGAGAUCCAGAUGGCAAUCCGCAAAAACAAGGAAACCAACGCCGUGUUGACACGACUCAACAGCGAACUCCAGCAGCAGCUCAAGGUGGUUCACCACCAGAGGGUCACCUUGGAGACCCAGCUGGACCAACUUCGUCCCGUGGCCUCCACGUCAGCCGGCAGCUAGUUGGGAAAUCGAAAGACGUGUGCCCGGCGAAUCCGUACAAGUGUUGAAAAUCAUUUAAAAAUAUGUUUGGACGAGAAGUGGUACGGUUCGAUUUCGGUCCUGAGAGCCCGAU